UGACAAUGUCAGUGUCUAAUUUUAGCUGUAACUCAGGUAUUUAGUCGAGCUCAUUUUAAAAAUAAAUAUUAUUUAUUUUAAAAAUAUCACAUAUCUGCGAAGUACAUAAACGCAAUAUUCGGUAUAUAUUUCGCUCUCUUGCAUUGACCUGCCUCAGUCCCCCCGUUAGCCGUUCAAUUUCAAUAGUCAAUUAGUUGUUAUUUAUUGUCAAUUGAAUUGUUAGUGUAGUUAAGUUUAAGUGAAAGUGUAGUGUAGUGUUCAAGAUUCUGAUUUUAAAAUUACAAAUUGAAUUUUGAAUACAUUGAAAUUUUAAUUUAUUAGUACCCGUUUUUAUUUUAUAUGAUCUACAAUAUGAAACUUGGCUAAUGAAAAGAGAUGUCGCCAUGUCAACAUGUCAACAUGAUGCAUAUAAAUUAUAAAGGAUAUAAAUAAUAAUAAUAUAAUUAUAUAACUAUACUAUAACCAAUUUAUCUAAAAAACAACCGGCUACCAAACAAAGGGCUACCAAACAUUGUAGAUGCAAAAAAAAACAACAAAUUUUGAACUUACCGCGGACACUGGAGCACAAUAAGACGACAGUGACGUAAUAUUUAAGCACACCUUUCUAUAUCCGCAUAAUUUUAAAGUACCCUAUACGAAAAUUAAUUUCUCUAUUUUUCAUUAAUAUUUCUAACAUUCUGACAUUUCCACACUCUCUGCAUGAAUUUUAAAAACAUAAAAUUUCAGUUUUAAAAUCAUAAAAUUUAAAUUUUCUUUUAAUCUUGUUAAUUAUUCACAUGAAAUCUUGUUCCAACCGGUUAUUAAAAUAUUUCUUCGCCGCCACCUCUUUCGACACUUCAUCCAAUAAAAUUUUUAAAAAAAUUAACAAAGGGGAAUGACUCCUGCACAAAUAUUAAAUAAACACGCAAAUAACGUCAUGGGUAAUAGUUCCAACAUCAGCCUUUAAUUUAUAUGGAAAAAACUUUGUUUUUAGGAGUUGUUUAAUAACUUUGACUUUAAUUGAAUUGAGAUAUGCAGAUUGACUGAGAUUGGAACUUGAUAGCACGAAACCAUGGCCAAGGCUCAAGUGCUUGUUCACCUCGAUAGUUGAGUUUUUGUUUUUAAAGAACCAGUCAAAAGAAACAAAAUUUUCAAAUUCCGCCCUUUGAUGACUAUCCCCUAGUUGACAGCUUGUUUUUUUUUCUACUUUGUUUCUUUUUUCGAACUUAUAUUUAUAUGUUUCAAUUAAACUGGGUCAGAAUAAAAGACUUAAUUUUAAACCCUAUAUACUCGCAUAUAAGCCUACAUCGCAUAUAAGCUGACCCCCUAAAACUGCUUUAAAAUGGCAAGUUUUUCAAAAACCCGCAUAUAAGCCUACCAUACAAUUGUCUAAUUUUACUCCAUAAUUUUGGUUCAUAGAAAUUUGUUACUGUAAAGAUGUAAAAUGCUUACUUUUAUGUUACAUACCAGUUUGUUUACCUUUUGGAAUGACACAAAAACAUUUUCUGCUCUUUCCACAUCAUACUCAGUAUAAUUAUCAGCUAUGCUUACAUUAAAUUCUUUGAAGUGACACCUCUGUGUAUAUAUAUGUGAAUAUAUACGGUACAUAGUAUAUAAUUUAAACAAUUCAAGUUCCAAAAUCUCAUAAUAAUGAGUAGUAAUUGAUAUAAAAAAUAAAACUAUGCCUGGCGUCUAUUGUGCAGAAAAUUCACCCACCCCUAUUCAGAGUAAUAGAGGCUGCCAGGAACAGACACGCACCACCUUUCCUACGGCACUGACUUUAUGUCAUAAGAUCAUAAGACAUGAACCUAUUUUAUAGACUUAGUUUAUUGUACGUCAUUCUCCUCCAAGUUGAAUUUCUCCUGAUAAUGAUAUAAGACCUGUGUGAAGGAUAAUUAAAUUUUAAAUCAAACAAGGAGAAAUGACAAAUGCUGAAAUUUCCCAUUUUGUUAGCUUCAAAAGUUUCCUAUUUUUUACACACUUGCGAAAGUUUUUACUGAAAUUUUCCGAAAGGUUAUUUUAGGUCAAUUUUGUACAGUUUGUCAGUAAAUUUAUGGACGGUUGUUAACCCUGCCCCCUUCAGACUUCUACUGUUUUCCUUGUUUUUCUUUUACUCCUAAUGAUUUUCAAAUUUAAAAAAAUAGAUAUAUAUUUGCUUCCAAAAAAAGAUUAAUUAAUUGAUUAGGCCUUACCUGCAAAUUCAAAAUAAGACUGUUUAAUUUAUUCUUCAUUACUGACAGUGCAUCUUAGAGUUAUACUUUUUUAAUGCAUAUUUUUUUGGUCUAAAAUAAUAUUUUUAUCUCAAGAGUUUGAGAUUGUUAUUUAAAAAAAGAGAUUUUGCAUCUACAAAACAGAUCAAACUAAGAAAUUCCCAAAAUGAACAAAGGAUGGCAAUGAUACUAGCAUGGCAACAGCUGCAAGCACAUCAGUUCUAUCAAAGGUCCUUGUCAAUGAACCAGAACAACUUUCUAUUGUUGUCAGAUUCAGUGGAAAUAAGAUUUACAAUGUAAAUAUCAGUAGCAAAGACACAAUCAGUGACCUGAAGAAGGCUGUGGCACAUAUAGCUAAUGUCUCUCCAAGGACACUGAAUCUCGUUUUAACUGGGCAGCUGCUCAAUGAUUCCACACUGUUACAGGUAAUUCAACAGUUUAUCUUAUUACCUUCAUUUUAGACAGUUAAAUUUUUCUUCUAGUUCUUCUCACCUGCAUGGGUGGGUUGUUGAAAUGGCUCAAUCCAGCUUUAUUUCAAUUUAUACAUUCAUAAUAAUUAAAAAUACUUCAUUUAGUAAAUUUCAACAAGCACAUCAUCAAGUAGUUUUAAAUAUAAGUAGAUCAAGCCAUCAUUUAGAGCACGGGGUCCUCAAAAUUCUUAAAAAGGGGUCCAGUUCACUGUACCUCAGACCUCGUUGGGACCGUACUAUAGUUUAAAAAAAAAAUAUUAAUGCAUUCCUAUGCAAACUGAGCAGAUCUUAUUUGCCAACAAAUAAAACAUUAAAAAAAUCAUUACAAUAUUUAGAAUGAAUGAAAAUUUUAAUCAACCUAACCUCAUCAGUGUAUCAAAUGGGACGUAUGAGGUGGUCUAUGUCCAGUUCCAGUUCUAGUCAUAAUAAGUGAUGCCUAUGUGCAUCUGUUGGUCUGGAUCUGGUUAGAGAUUUCAGAUGUUUCACUGUCUUUCUGGAAAUACUCUGUUCACAGAAAGAGGCUGCCAAAAAAAGGUGGCCAUUUUUAGUGCAUGAUUCCUGAGAUUAAGAUAUGUCUCCUAGGGAAGAGAUGUAUAGAAAUUAGUAAAGCUGCUUGACUUGAAUAUAUUAUCCUUGACUUGAAUGCAUCCACCAGAGAGUCACCAUUCUGUAGUUCAUCCAGUUCAAUUUUUACUAAAUUUGUAAAUUUCAGUUUCAACAUAAAAAUGGUUAGGAAUCGGCUGCAUGUCCUGUUCAUGGAGAUGUAGCUUUCUAACUCUAAUUUAAAACUAAUUAAUUUUGUUUUGGAAUGCAGCUGCUGUUGAUUUUUUUGCGGUAACAAGUUUUGAAUUAUGGAGAUUUUCCUCCUUCGCUUGGUUAAUGAGAUUUAAUUUUACUAAAAAUGCUUUCACAUGUAAAUUCAUAUUAUAGAUGAGCAUCCCAUUUCCUUGAAGUUGAGCAUUGCAACAUUGAGUAGCUCUGUUAUAUCUCUCAGAAAGGCAAGGGGACAUUUCCAUUCUGGAAAUAUAAUUUAAUAAUUGGGGGGGGGGGGGGAGGAGGAAAACAUUGCCUCUGGCCACUUUCUUGGCAAUUUCAUGUUACACAAAAAGGGUUUGAUAUCACUUAAAUUGAAGCACUUUCUUAAAAAGCCAAAAUCCGUUUUAUAGAUUUAAAUAAGUUGACAGGAAAACAAUUAAUAAUAAGUAGUAAAAUAUUUACACCUGAAAAUGGUGGGCUAUGAUGACAACAUGGACAAUUUUAUCUCCGUUCUCUAACUUCUAAGCAGGAGUUGUAUUAUUUUGUUUUUUUUAAGUCAUCCUUGAGCCGUUGCCUUAACAAAUAUGAAUGCUUGUAUAUGCUUCUUCUCCUCAUAAUACUAGUCACAUUGCAAAAGAGAGAAAAAAUGUUCUCAUUUGAUUAUUGAAAUCUUGCUAUUAAUCUCAUUACAUAUGUUUUAAAUCAAUUUAGGACUGUGGAUUAGGCAUCCACACCACUCUUCAUGCAUUCUGCUGGUCAGAUAACUUGGUGCACGAGUCCCCAGACAUUCCUGCUCAGAAACCACAGCUCUUUCAGGAAACAGACCACAAAGCACCUCAUGGUUACAACAGCAGGGAUGAGUCACAAGGAAACCAGAUUACAAGGGAUUGUCUUAGAGCAGCUGAAGAAACUUCCACUCCAGCUGGUGAAUCUGAUGUGGAUGGGAAUGAUUUUAUAUGGCUUCGGACACAAAGAGAAAUAUCAUCUAGAACAAGACCCCCAUCUUGUUACAGAAAUCUUAACACAAAUGGUAAACAUAAUAUUAAUAAGCUUUUGCAAACCUGCCAUGAAAAAAGACAAUUUUUCUUAAUUAAAAUAUAUACAUUUUUUAUGCUAUAGGGGCCUAAUUAAUUUUUAUAAAAUUAUUUUUUCACAACAUUGUCACAAGUUGUUCUUCUCAGCUUUAUAUCAGUUCCGUGCCCUUGGCUUUUUUCACAUUUCCCCAUCAGUAUUGCCAUCAUACAUAAUGUUCCAUAAAGUCUGCUUGUGAUCAUAGAUUAUUGUGUGUGGUAUUAAUUUACACUUCACGAACAAACGAUUAGAUCUAUAUUUUUUUAAUAUACAUUCUUAUAUAUAUAUAUAUAUGUGUGUGUGUGUAUAAAAUAAAUAUUGGCCUGAUACCUCUCUGACGUUAGUAUUAGUUUUAUAAUACAUAACUUAUUGACAUUUUACAAAAUUUAGCCUUUCAUAACAAUAACCUUUUUAACUUAAAAUUUUAGUUUGUUUUACUUUUAUGUCGUUAAAAUUUUAGCAUUUCUGUUUUUAAAGUUUCAUUUAUCCUUUACUAUAUUUUAGACAUCAGCCGUUUCUUUGUUUACUGCAAAAUAUGUGACUGUGUUCAGCCUGCCAAACUGCGGCUCAGCUGCAAAGACUGUGGCAGUGGAGCAUUCCUUGUUGACAGAGUAAGGUUUUUAGGAAGGGUCCUUCACCUGGAUUACACAGAUAAAAUUUGAGUCCUAAAUAGUCUUAAGGAAUCUAUUAAUGUUUAAUAAUGUUCACAAUCCUCAAACUAAAUUGAAAAUUCAGGAAUUCAAAGGUUUCUCCUGACUACCCACAGGGCUAUAAAAAAAAAUGUGUGCAUAUUAUUUAAGGUAGCAUCUAAAUAUAAAUGGAUGCAGGGCACAAUAUUAAUAAAUUUUGCUUUGUCCGCACUAAGCUCUUUAAAUAAAUAUUUUUGUUCUAGUUAUUGUGAUGCGAUGGAACAAUUUCACAGAAGUUACUUUUGCAAAUGAUCACAAUAUAAUUAAUUUUUAAUAAAAGAAAUUAUUACCUAAAAUAUAAAAUAGAAUGAUAGAUUCCUGACAAAUAUUUUUAUUAUGAUAUGUUUAUUUCCUGAUCUAUAAUCAUUGACAGGGUCCUUCCAACUGGAGAGAUAUAUCGGCCAACACAGAGAUCAUAGGUACUUGUAAGUCGGGCAGCUGUUCAGGUACUGUACCGGUGAGUGAUCCUCUGAUGUUCUCGUCUUAAUUAUUUUUAAUAGAUUUGUAUAAUCCUAUUAAGCGAAUUGGGGUGAUUAUUUAUUGCCCAAUAUAUGUAUAUACUAGAAGAUAUGACCCGGUGUUACUGGGAUUAUAAUGGAAGGCAUAUUGCGUUACUUUCUACCUGCUGUUAUUAAGUCUCAACAUCUAAAAAUCCAUUUUUUCAUGUAAGUAACUGCAUCUGGUUUUGAGUUUGAAAUAUUGUGUCCUAAAAAAAAAAAAAAAAAAAAAAAUUACAGCCAUUUUCCAAACCAUUGAAAUGUAAAUUUAGGAAAAAGUAAAUAAGUAAAUCAGACUUUCCUUGUUUUUAUAGAAGUAUCUAUGUUUAGAUGUUUACGUUUCUGACAUCACUUGAUUUUGAGAAAUGUUAUCUUCUCUAUAAUAUUGCCUGUCACGGUCAAAUCACAUGAUUUUUUCUGUGUCUGUUUUGAUGAUGUUAAGUGAGCGAUCAUGUUUUUUUAUUCCCCGUAUACCCCAUGACCGUGGUGGUGUGUCGGUGAGAAACCAUGUGAGGAUAGGAGUGCGGGGAAUGAUAGUAGUGUUAAGUGGACAGGGACGAGCGCAGUUGAUAGUUGUGUUGCGAGAGCGUGACAUUGCUGUGGAUGGAAGAGGAUUUAAUACAUUUUCGCAAGGAGUUGUAGAACUAUAUUUUGUUAUAGUAUGUGUAGGAUUUCUGGACACGUCUAUUUUAUUCUGAACACCAGAGAUUAUUUCUUAUGCCUUUUUCACUGUCAAGCUUAUGGAGCUAAUAAAUAAUAAGAAACCUGAAGCUUUGCAUCGUUUGUUUUGAUACUUGAAACAUUCAACACAUCAGCUCUGUGGGGGCUAGAAUGUCAUUCAGCACAUCAGCUCUGUAGGGGCUAGAAAGAAAGGUGUUCCAGACACAAAUUUUUAUGUGGUUAUUACGCACACCCGCACUUUUCCAUGAACUGUAUUUUGCGCAAAUUGGGAAAACUAAUAUUUUCUUAUUUUAAAGAAAAAUCUUAACCCAUUGUUGACGUCCCUGAAAUGUAUUUUUAGGAAAUGAAAAAAAUUUCCUUGCACAUCUUGGGAAAAUCUCUAUAUCCUUUUUUUUAAAGAAAAUCUUUUACAGUUUUUCCCUUUUCCAAAUUCAAUGAGUAUAACAAAUAUUUAUUUAUUUUAAAAUAUAAAACUUCUUUUUCUUUAGUGUAAUAUAUCAGAUAUAAUUAUCCAAAUACAAAUGUACACACCAUCUUUCCUAUCAGUAUAUUUAAGGAAUAGGGUUAUUAUUUUUAAAGUAAAAUACAUUCCAAAGAUAAAAUUUGUAACAUAAUCCUAGCCCUUGAAAUGUAAAAACAUAAAAUGAUAAAAUACAAAUUUCAAAAUUUUUUAAAACAAUUUUGAAAAAUAUUAUUGGAUCCACAUUUUCUUAUUUUAGUUAUUUUUUAACGUUAAGUUACAAUUUUUUACUUUAUACAUUUAUUAAAUUGCAAAUUUUUUUGAGUGAAGAAAGUACAACUUAUUUCAUGUUAAUGAUACAUAUCUUAAAUUUUGUGUCAAGUGUGCAAAGAAUAACUAGCUAUUAUAAUUAAGUUCUUAAAAGAUUAUUCUUAAUUUUGGUUCAAUGUGUUCAAACUAAAAUUUGAAUUUGAUAUUGUUUGAAGUAAUUUGAGCCAUUAUCAUAAAUUUUAAUCUAAUUUCACAAUUUUGAAAGACAGAUUUUCCGGUUUCCCGAUUAAUUUGCUUACUAAUUAAUAAUAGUGUUAAAAAGAUGAUCAUUGAUUUGUUUAUGAAAAAGAAUUUCAAUCUUCUUUUAUACAAUAUCUCAACUCUCAAAUUCAAAUAAAGUACUUAAAAUAAUUCUUUUGUUAUUAUAUUAAAUUUAUUUCUUAUUUAUUAUAAUAAAAAGGGAUUUGAUUUCCAUAACAUAAAAAGUGUUUUUAAGAAUCCCAAUUAGAUUUAGGAUUUUUAUCUUGAACACAAAUUUGCACGUUUUUGGGUGUAAUAAUGGGGAAAUUUGAUAAUGUUCCCUAUUUAACUCAAUGUUACAUGGGGACAUUAGCUUAUUCUAAUAGAUAUUCACAUAUUUUAUCUUAGAGGUUUUACCUGCGAUGCAAUGAAAAGCAUGAUGGGGAGGUUGAAGGAACAGCUGCAUUACUCAAACAUGUUCAGGCUAAUCACAAGAGAGUGGAGUGUAUUAUUUGCAGUGAUGUCAUGUGAGCAGUUACACUAGAGAUUUCUUAUGAAAAUUUUCAUUUAACUUUUAAUUUAACAAUAUAAAACGUUAAAUGAAAAAACACAUGUAUAGGAAGAAAUAAAUUGAAAAUACUAGAGUACAUGUAUAAUUUAUACAACAGUAAUCAUUAUUAAUAACAUGAAUGAAGUGAAUAAUUUGAGUUGCUAUUAAUUCUCCCCAACUCUCCAGGUCCCAUGUUCUAAUCUUCCCAUGUUCACCUGGGCACGUCAUAUGUUUGGAAUGUUUUAACCAGUAUGGCACAACCUGUCUUAAUGAAAGACGUUUUGUGGAACACCCUGUGCAUGGCUACACCUUACCCUGUCCUGGUGAGCAAUCAGCGUGGUGAAUAAUUUGUUGCUACUGUAAUUUAAAUCAGCUUUUGUUUGGUGUAAACUACAGAAAACACUUUUGUUUUCUUAGAUUGCUACGUAUUUUCAAAAAAGAAUAUUGACCGACAGACUUUUCAAACUUUCAGCUGAAUAUAACAUAGUUUAAAAUGUAACCGUAGUAAAUAUAUUCAUGUCAGAUUGUAAAGAAACCUGCACCAAGAAAUCCUGAUUAGCAAAACAAAAAGAACCCAAAAAUUACAAGAAUGCCAUUCCCAUUUAUUCCUGCAAGACUGGAGUCCUGGUUAUAUUCAAUGCUUGUUGGAAAAAUCCAAAAGGCUUGCAGUACACUUUCAAAACUCUGAGAAAAACAUGUAGGUUGGCAACUGAAAUGCCCAUGCAAUGAAGAAAUGUGUAAAUAGCCAACCAGUAGAUUCUGAACUCUGAAAGUGAUGCAGAACUCCAAAGGUAAAAGAAUAAAGGGAGAUAAUGGAACACUUGGAGAUGAUAAAAACAGGAAAUUAAUGGAGAAUGCAGACUGAUUCUGAGAUCAGUGAGGUUACUGUUUGUUGAUAUAGUUGGUGUAGUUUUGCUCACCUAGUUGCUUGUGUUGCUACUGGCCUCCUUUCAUAAUAUUGUUAUACAGUCAUUGAAGUCAGAUGCCAGUACCAGGUACAGCAAGUCCUUGGGGAUUCAACCUAUCUAUUAUCUUGACAUCGCCUAGCCAGUGAUUGAGCCUCUGACUUAGAGUGAAAAUCAUGCUGCUCAUUUCAGAACACUCAAUAAUCUCAGUGUUGGAGUAAUCUCAGUGUUGGUUAACUUCUCCUUCCAUCAAAUGCUCAUUAUAAUUGCUGUAGACUUUUUAGGUGGAAGCUGUUGAUUUUUUGCUAGUUGUUGGUGUAUGUGGUCCAACUGCUGUUGAGAUGUAUAAUUAGCAUACAUGUCUGUUUGACAUGCAGUUUUUGCCCUCAGCUUUGGUCAAGUAUUGUUCCAUGCCAGUAUUGCCAGUUUGUUUAAUUUGACUAUAGAUGCUGCAGCCGUUCACUUAUUCAUUUAUUGAGAGGGAGUUGGAGAUUUUAGAUCCAAUACAUGUGCAGUUGUUUACAGUAUUUAUAUAUUUUUGUACUUUCACUUCCGAAAGUUUUCAGCUGCAAACUCUAACAUAUAAAUAAAAUAAUUUCCUCAGCUGGAUGUCUUGACUCCCACAUAGAGGAAACCCACCAUUUCUUAUUACUGGGACAAGAAAAGGUGGGUUGGAUUUGGCACAUAUUAAGCUAUUAAAAGAAAAGAAAGAGAUGCAUGUAAUACACUUGAGUCUUUUAUUUCAUAUUUAAAUUGUUGAUAUAUUUAUGUUUAAAUAGGUCACCCUGUUGGUAAAUGACCAUGAACUUUGUCACAGGUUUCUCUUUACCUUUGUAACUUAUCAAUUAUAUGGAUGUAAAGUAAAGAUAACGCAGAAUGUAAACAUUGUUUUGCACUUGCCACUUUAAACUUUUCCAGGAUUGGUAGUGCAUCAAUUAAAUGUGUCUCUGACUUAAACAUAUAUAUUUGAAAGCUGUGGCAUUUUUAUUUCUUUUGGUUUUUUGAAUUACUUAAACGGCUACUCUUGGUCAAAGCGAAGAGAUAUUUUUAAUAUUCAAGGCUUGGCCGAUAUUGAGAAUAAAAAAAUACUGUUUUGAAUUCUGUAGACGGUGGUUCCCAAAGUGUAUGCCAAAGCUCUCUUUGUAGAGACGCCAUGAUAUAUUACACAAUUUCCAUAACUUUAUUUCUUUUAUUCUUAAUAUUUCGCCACUCCUAGUGAACCUGGUGUUUGAAAAAAAUUUUUUUUGCUGAAAAUGUAAAAAAAGUCUUCACAGAAGAAUAAAAACAUUUUUCUAAAUUGCAUUGGACUGCAAACAAAAGACUUCAACAAUGUUUCAUUUGAAGGGAUACAAUUUGUGUUAUAUAGUCCCAGGUACAGAUUGAUCGCUUCUUAUUUAGAAAUGUCUUUUGAGUAUAAACUUUGAUUAAUGCCUAAAUAAACUCUAUUGUUCACUAUGAACAUUUAUUAAUGCUUCUUAACUAAACUCUAUUGAUCAGAAGGAAUGUUUAUUAAUUCCUAACUUACCUCUUUAAUUCAGUGUGAAAUAUUACUAAUGCCUAACUAAACUCUUUUGUUCAGUAUGAGCGCUACAAAAAUUUUGGUGCAGAGGAGUAUGUUCUUCAAAAUGGAGGUAUGCUAUGUCCAGGUCCAGGGUGCGGAAUGGGUUUGUUUCCUUCAGGAGAGGGACGGCUCGUCAAAUGUCGGGAGUGCCGGGUAUGUUCAGUUAUAUUGGGUGCCAAAAAUAAAAUGGUUUCAGUUUCAAUGUUAAAAAAUACAAUAAUUAAUAAACUUCAUGUAACAGCUUUCUAGUUUUAGUUUUACGCAAGGUUAACUCAACAUUUCUAUGAACUGUUAUGAAUUUUUUUGGUAUCUGCUUUGUUAUUUAUAAUGUAUAAUAUGAUACAGCAAUGCAGCAAAUUUGUAAACACUUAAAUGUUAACAACUAAAAUCAAAAUGAAGGUUACAUUUUAUCAUACUGUUUAUCAUGCAUUAAAACUUAUCAUUAUGGACUCCAUUUAAAUUGAUCCUUUAAGUAAAAAUAAAUGGGCUAAAUUUAGUUAAAAAUCCAGUUGAACUGAACAUAGUUAAAAUUAAUUUAUUCUCAUUAAAAACAAGCUUGUAAACUGUUUCUUACAGCAUGAAUUUUGUAAAGACUGUAGAAGAGAAUUUCAUUUGGGAGGCUGUGAGAAUUUCCUGGAAUCAUUAAGCCUUGCAGUGUCUGUAAGUCUGAUGUUCUUAAACUUUAAUAUUAAACUCCUGCAGUUUGGUUUAUCUCCCUUACACCAUUUACUGUGUAAUAUCAAUUUUAUUAAUGAGCAUCUCAAUUUUAUUUGCAUAAAUGCCACUGUACAAAAAGUUAAAAAAACAAACUGUACAUAACAUCAUUUAAAAAAAUGAAAAUUCGAAAAAAAUAUACUUUAUAACUUUUUUUAUCAUUUAAUUAUCAAUUAAACACGUAAUUUUCAUGAAUUAUCUCCCUAGGGGGAUUUUUUUUUUGUUUUUUUUUUGGACCACGUAAUUAUUUUCUCGGAUUACAAUAAAGGGAACAAAUUUUUAUUAAAUUCAAAAUAAUUAUACCGUGACGAUAACUAAAAGUAAAAGAUAGUAUCUGAUAACUAGUUACUAGAGUUAGUGAUAGGCUAUUUGUGAUAAGUUACAUACUUUUAAAAUACUUAAUGGUCAUUUUGGUAGCUUGAACAAGUUUUUUUAACAGUUUCCAUUAAUCCUGAAUCAAAGCACUGAUUGUAAUGCCAAGUAUAGAAUCCAAAUAUGUAUCAGUGAGCUGAGUCCUGUACUUGGAUUCAGUGAUGUUCAUGCUUGCUCACAGAUGUAAGUUGAGUCAUAUAGGAACAAUAAUUUUCAGGGGAAUAUGUUUUAUGUUUAGAAACUUAUCAGCUUUAAGUGAUGCAUAAUUUAAAAAAAAAAAAUUCAUGUCUUUUAAUCUCUCUUUGAUAAUUUUGUCAGUCUGCAAGUCUAUGCAUUCCAGCUGCAGACCAAUAGUAGCUAUGUUAAUACCCCAUGGCUCGGUGAUAGAAACAAACAGAACAUCAUAAACAGUUUAUUGUUCUUAAGAUCUUACGGGCAGUAAACUAAACUGGCAAGUGUAGUGGCUUCUCAAAUGGAUGACCACGAGACCACUUAGCAAAAAAUGUUUGUUCAGGUUUUAACUCACCCUCCAAGUCAUCAGUUUUGUGCAUUAAUUUGUUCUCAUUCAAAUUAAUUCUGAAAUUGCCUAAAUGCUUAGUCUGAAAAUAGAGACUGAGGUAACAUAAUUUGAAAACGACCUAGACUCCCGACAUAUUACAUUCAAAACAUUGGUUUAAAUUUAAGUCAAAAUAUACAGAGAUGUUUAGUCUUUGUUGGAAGUCUGACUCUCAUCUUCAAUUUUUAUUAAUUUUUGUAUUUUUAUUUUGGAGCACAUUUUCAACAUUUUUACCUUAACAUAAUUAAUAAUAUUUCGUAAUAUUAGGUAAUUUAAACAACAAAAGAGUGAAACUUAAAAAUUUUUCAGCAUAUGUCCAGACAAAGGGUCAUCAAUAAUUCUAAUACAGAUAGUUAUAUCGCAGGGAUGUACUGAGACACUGAGCUUGGACAUAAUGUGCUUGUAAUUUUAGCAGCUUUAUUCCAACACUUAUGAAAUCACUGGACAAGCUUGCUCUGUCAGAUUUUUCAGAGAAUUGAGGAUCUAACUUAAUAUACAUAAUUAAACAUGGGUUUCGAUAAUUCACUAAGAGUUCUGUUCGAAAAUAAGCAGUGGAAUCAUUUAAACAAAAAUUGUUGUUAUUAUUAUUAUUACAGUUAGAAAAUUGUAUUUUUAAAAUAUUAUUAUUACAGUUAGAAAAUUGUACACUGUUGUUAUUAAUUUUCAAGGCAUUUUUUAGAUCAUUUGAAUCAUUUGAAAACUAAAAAAAUUUCUGGCAAUACAUUAUUGUAUUUCCCAGAUGGUCUCGUGGGCCACAUUAAACUUUUCAUUGGGCUGCAUGUGGCCUGCAAGCCACAGUUUUUCCAUCCCUGACAUAGAUGAUGAAUUUGAUAGAAAUUUAGAUGUAAUCAGACAUAUUCUUCAGUUAACCAUGCUAGGUGUAGUAAUAUAGACUCUUGAAUUUAAAUUAAUGAAGUGCAAUACAUUUCGUCCAUCUUAAAAAAAGUUAUUAAGUCAAUUUAUAACCUUAUUUUUCACUGUACAGGGGGCAAAAUUCAUGUGGAUAGCUUAUUUGUUUUUAUUAGACCAUAGUGCUAUGUGGAUAUAAAGUUUUAAUUGGAAGCAGUAAUAAGAAUUACACAAACUGAUUUUUAAUCAUGGUUUAGGGCAGACUACUUGAACAACACUAUAGUAUUAAUAAUUGGUCUCAACAAAACCGUGCUCAGUUUCUAAAUUUAGAUGGCUUAGCAAUCCCAGACAUUUAGGCCAAACGUAAUUCCGUACAGACCAAAAGCUUUUCAGCUUCCUGUCGACCAACAUUGAAUAUAUUUCACUGCUGGUUUUGAUUUUCAAACGUGUGUUAUCACUAUCAUGUGCUCUUGACUUAAAAACAGCUGAAAACAUCUUAUGAAAUAAUAUGAAGCCCGUUGUUUGCAUCUGCAGGAUCUGAGAAUCAAUGAUGAAAGAGCAGUCAGAGCAACAUGGGAGCAAGAAGCACAAAGCUUGAUAGAUGAAACAACCAAGUCUUGUCCAGGGUGUCAAACCAAGACAGAAAGGAGUGGUCAGUGUCCUGUAAAUACUCUGUUAAAACGUAUUUCUCUACUCUCAUGUAGCGACACUGGAAUUCCAUCAGUUAGUUAGCACUGGCAUUUCAAGUUUAUAUAUAACUUAUUAAAUGGAGGAGAAAAAAAAGAAAGAUACAGAGUGAUCAUUUUUCUAAAAGAAGUGAUUUAAAUCUAUAACAUUUAAAAGCAAUAGAAAUUAUAAUAAAAACUUGGACAUAAGUGAAUUAGAUCCACUUCUGUAAUCUUUAUAUAUAUAUAUAUCUUCAUUAACUUCAGGUGGUUGCAUGCACAUGAUCUGCAGCAGAUGUCAAACUGAGUGGUGCUGGAUUUGUGUAAAAAAAUGGAAUCGGGAUUGUAUGGCUGAUCACUGGUUUGGAACUUAACUGAAGUCAAGACUUUAAAAGUCUAUGAGAUUGCUGUGUGAUAUUUAACAGGUCUGUUUACCCUACCCUUGUGUUGUCAUCUUUACUAAACACUGGCUGACAUAACAAAAGGUACAGUCAUGGUCAGUGCUAGAUCAUUAUUUUAAGUUCUUCUACUUGUCAUAUACUCAACUAUAUCAAUCAGAUAGUUGCAUAAAUUUGCUCUUCUUGCAAUCAGAGUUAAUUAGCAAGUCUCUUCACUAAUUGGAUGUGUGUAUAUGGUCAAAAGAUUUUUUAAAAUUUCUCUAGUGUCACUGAUUUCUGUGUUCCUCAUAAAUGACUUAAGUUUUUUCAUAAAAUGAGUGCCAAGUAAUGCAUCCUUACAUCUCUUAAUUUAAAAGUGCCUUUAGUGACAUGUCUUUCAUGAUAUUAAAUAUGUGCAUGACAUUCUGGCAGAAUGAGUAUGAUUUUGUCUCGCAUAAGAUAUUGAUACAGCAUGAAUGACAUUAGUUGAAAUGUCUUUAACAUAUUAAUAUUUGAGAAUAUGUUUGACAUAUAAUUGUUUGAAAUGCUUUGUCAAAUAAUUUAGAAGAAUGUAACCAAUAACAUUUUUGAAAUUUUUGGUGGUAAGAAUGUAAUUGAUAACAGUAUAUUACAUAUUAAUUAAGAGAAUUUAACUGUUACAAUAUUAGAACAUAUCUAAAUUGUUAACACCCUUCUGUAUAUUACAACUGACCUAUGGAUAACUGAUCAAUGUCAUAAAAAUAUAUCAAUAUAUUGAUUUUUUAAUGGAAUAAAAUUUUUUGAAUCUAGUCACAUCUAGACUGAUUCAUUUUUAAAAUUUUUAUUAAGUAUUCCCUUUUCUCACUUUGUUUCUUCAAUUUUAGAAAAAUGUUAACACAACUAAAAGUGUCUAAUUACAAGCACUCAGAAUAUAUAGAGGAAACACUUAGUUAAUAAAUGAUAUUGGGAGAACUUCAUAUGUACAUUUAAAAACUGAGGGUGUCAUAACACUGCUAAAACAAUCCUUGACUAAGAGCAACAACUAUGUGUCUUGAUGUUAUUCUGGGAUCAACACACUGAUAGACAGACAUGAAAGCAACAACUAUGUGUCUUGAUGUUAUACUGGGAUCAACACACUGAUAGACAGACAUUGAAAGCAACAAUUUUUAAAAAUAAUAAUUUUUAUCUUUUUUUUUUAAAAUCAUGAAUGGUUCAAUUU